AUGAAGAAUAAUUAUGCAACUGCGUUGAAGGAAAAACUACUGGAGGGCAGGGGCCUUGAGAAUGAGGUUUUGGGGAAAUUGAUUGAGAAGAUUGAGAUACUCGAAAGAGGAUGGACGUGA